GGGAUCAAUCCACUUGAUUUGGAGAUGGGUGUCAAAUAUUAUCUGUGUGACGCUGAUUGUCAUAGCACGGUUAAUAAUUAUCCCAGUCGUCGUUCUUCGAAAUCCGAAAACGUUAAUAGUAAUCAUCAGAUGAAUUCAUCCAUUUCGAACCUUCGGGACACAAACACUGAAUCGGAUAAAGGAAGCGGUAAUCUGCUGACCGGUUCUCCACAAUGA